AUGAUUUAUUUUUCCAACAAGUUCCCUCAGGGAGAUCCACAGACACUGUUACAGCAGUUACACCUCUACAGCAAAGACAAAAGACAUCCCCAUCUUGCCCACUUUCUCAAAGAAGCAACUGCAGUCGUUCAUGACAAGGUUGAAAAGCUCCCUCUUGACCCCAGACAGCUGGUUCCUCAUUUUGAGUCAGUUCAGAGCUUAGCAGCAGACAGCACACUGCAGCGUGGCGUGUUGUACUACAAGACUACGCCGACCUGGUUUAACUCUUCCGACAAUACUUUACUCGCAGGUCUAGGUCUUAGCCUUCUCGCCUCCACGGCCGUCUCACUUGCACAAACAUUGGAAGUCCUCCCUUUGACAGGUUCAGAGGUAAUUCGUAUCGCCUUUCGCCUGGGUUCCUUAGUGACUGGAGCAUAUGUCGUUCACGGUGCUACCCCCAACAAAGUCCAGCAAGAGCUAGACAACAUUUAUUGUCGACAGCAAACUCCCAAAGCAGCCAAGGUCUUCGUCAGCGCAAAAGGCAGGACAUCAGUCACUGUGAGCAGGCCUCCGUCGCGGAUCAAAGAACUCUUCCAUACUUCAGCCUUCUUUAGAAGUCAAGAGUACAUCCCGCUGCCUAUAUAUGGAGGCCUUUGCCACGCACCUCACGUGUACACUCAACAAGAUGCUGCUCAAGUCGUUGGCUCUUCUGGUCUAGGAGAAGAGCUCUUCUCGCUAGUGCCCGUUCUGGCACCUAGUACUGGUGCCCCAUUCCUCAGAGGAAGCGCCAACCAGCUUUUCAAAGACGUCGACAGGGUCAUUGACAAUGCGUCUGGGAAUCUUGGCAAGGAACAGUCUCAAGUAAUCAAACUAAUAGUCUUUGGCACUUCUUUGCCAGCCCAGGACCUCCAAACAGCUUUAGACAGGGGAGGAGUAGAGAUAUCUGUCAACUUUAGGUCCUCUCAAGACUCUAAGAUUGCAAUUAUGGGCAUAUCUUGCAGACUGCCAGGGGGCGCCAUAGACACGGAUACGUUAUGGGGUCUUCUUGAAAAGGGGCUCAACGUGCAUCGUGUGAUACCGCCGAGCCGCUUUGACAUGGAGUCGCACUACGACGCUGAACAUAAGAAGGUCAACGCCAGCCAUACGCAGUACAGCUGCUUCGUCGAUGAUCCAGGCUUCUUCGACGCCAGAUUCUUCAACAUUUCUCCAAGGGAAGCGGAACAGACGGACCCAAUGCAGCGAUUGGCUCUCGUGACUGCCUUUGAAGCCCUUGAAAGGGCUGGCUUUGUUGCUGGCCGUACCGACUCUUCCCAUGCCGCGCAGGCUAGUGAUGAUUAUCAAGAGGUCAACACAGCUCAGGAGAUUAGCACGUAUUUUAUACGUAUUAGCUGCCGCGCUUUUGGCCCAGGCCACAUCAAUUACUUCCUCAAGUUCUCAGGGCCAAGUUUUAGCUGCAACACAGCCCGUUCUUCAAGCCUGGCGACUAUCCAGGCUGCCUGUACGGCUCUCUGGAAUGGCGAGGUCAAUACUGUCGUGGCCGGCGGCAUGAACAUCCUCACCAACUCGGACGCCUUCGCCAGCCUCAGCAAAGAGCAUUUCCUCACCAAGACGCCCAAUGCUUGUAAGACAUGGGACAUUGGCGCAGACAGCUACUGUCGCGCCGAUGGAGUCGUCUCCUUCGUGAUGAAGCAACUGGAAGACACCGAAAAGAAUAACGAUAACAUCCUAGGAAUCAUCCUUUCCGCCGCAACAAACCACUCCGCCAAUGCCGUGUCGAUCACACAUCCCCACGCAUACUCACAGGCUUUUCAUUAUCGAAAGGUGCUGGAGAGGGCCAGGGUAGAUACUAUCGACGUGAGCUACAUCAAAGCGCACAGUACCGGCACGCAGGCUGGCGACAUCCAAGAACUCACGUCCCUCACUGACGUCUUCGCACCUCUCUCGACGAAGCGUCAACCCUUAAAGCAGCCACUUCAUAUUGGAGCCGUGAAGUCCAAUGUAGGCCACAGUAAAGCUGUAGCCGGAGCUACGGCUUUGUUGAAGGUGCUGCUCAUGUUUAGACAAGACAUAAUACCACCACACAUGGGAAUCAAGACAGCUCUCAACCCUAAACUCCCUGCGCACAUGGACCAACAAAACUUACGCGUUCCCUUGGAGGCAACUUCGUGGCCCAGGAUGCCAGAUCGCAAGCGCCUCGCAAUGGUGAACAGCUUCAGCGCAGCCGGCGGCAACACAUCACUUCUGCUAGAAGAAGGUACCGCGACCAGCCCCGGCCGAUCAACAACAGAGGCAGACCCCCGGCCGACCCAUAUCGCCGUCAUCUCAGCAAAGAGCAAACCUUCAUUGAAAGGCAACAUUGAGCGCCUGCUUUUGUACCUUGAGAAACACCCUGCAGUGAGCCUAGCAGACUUGGCUUACACCACCACUGCCCACCGUCAACAUUACAACCACAGGCUCACGUUCCACGCUGCAGACGUUGCCAGGCUUCAGGCACAGCUACUCACGAGCCUGAAGCAGCAGAUCGACUCCCACCGUCCAGUCUCAAGCAGUCUCGUCCCCUCCGUCGCUUUCACCUUUACCAGCCAGGGCGCAUCAUACAAGUCUUCAAACUUACAGCUGUUCCACCACUCCCCCAUGCUCACGCUCAACGCCCUGGCAAAGCAGCUUGGCUUCCCGUCCUUCAUCUCGACAAUUGACGGCAGCCAUAACAAGGAUCACAACCAGAGCGCAGAAAUCGCGCUUGCCAAGCCAGAUGUUGUCCUUGGCCACAGUUUAGGCGAAUACGCAGCUCUCUGCAUUGCAGGCGUCAUCUCAGCAAGCGACGCCAUCUGCCUCGCAGACAAGCAGGCAGAGAUGCUACAAGAGAAAUGCCAGGCUGGGAGCCACAGCAUGCUGGCCAUGCGAGCAGCUGUGGACAAUAUUAAAGAUGCGGCAGGAGACCUUCCUUAUAAGAUUGCCUACAUCAACAGUCCCAAGGGUACUUGGCACAAGCUGGACGCCGGUCAUCACUGCGCCACGAUCGACGUGCCGUUCGCUUUUCACUCUGCACAAACCGACCCCGCCCUCCAAGACUUUGAAACUCUUGCCCAAGAAGGCGUCAUCUUUCGCAAACCCAGAAUCCCCGUUAUUUCGCCACUUCUCGCCAGCAUUAUAUACAAUAGCAAGACUAUGGACAGCACAUAUCUGCAAAAGGCAACAAGAGAGACCUGUGACUUUCUCAGGGCCGCUCUAGAGAUUAGGGUCAUCAACAAAGACAUGUUCUGGAUCAAGAUGGGACCCCAUUCGGCGACUCUCGGCCCAUCUUGCGUUACUGUUUCUUCCCUCAGACGUAGAGAAGACAACUGGACUACCCUUGCCAAGAGUCUUGCUACGUUACAUUCUGCUGGUCUUGAGGUUCAAUGGAACGAAUUCCAUCGCCCCCGACUGAGGCUCCUGGACUUACCUACGUACAGCUGGAACAACAAGAACUACUGGAUUCAGUAUAACGGGAGCAACAUGUUCUACGAGGAUGCGAGGCAAACCAGAGUAGCGCCGCUGUCGCCAGUGGUAUCGUCUUUCCGGACUUCGCUUGUCCAGGCCAUCAUCCGCAAGGAGUUUUACGGCACGUCCGGUACCGUAACAAUGCAGUCUGAUCUCAUGUCUGCGGACUUUUUUGCCGCAGCUCACGGCCACAGCAUAAACAGAUGCAGCGUGGUCACCUCAUCCAUACACGCAGAUAUCGCUUACACGCUCGGCGAUCCCGUCAAGUACGAACAUCUCAACAUCGCCAACUUGAAAGUCGCAAAAGGCCUCGUUGCGCAGAUCAACACUUCACAACCACAGCUCAUCCACGUCACCGCAAGCACCAGCAACAUUAACGACAGUAUCAGGGUAGAAUGGCACAAUGUGGGCAGCAACGGCGCAAUAACGGAGUCAGAGCCCUUUACCACAGCCACCGUGCUCUGCAGUAAUGCCUAUGAAUGGCUUAGAUCCUGGGCUGCCAUCACACACCUUGUCAAAAGCCGCAUAGAGACCCUGCAAGACAUGGCGCAAAAGGGCCAAGCCACGCAGUUCUCUCGCAAAAUGGCCUACAGUCUCUUCGCCUCAAGCCUCGUUAACUACACGGACAAGUACCGCAGAAUACACUCGGUCGUCAUGCACGAGUUCAAGGCCUUUGCAGACGUCCGGCUUACCACGGAGGAGGGGGGCAGCGUCUGGACUGUGCCUCCCUACUUCAUCAAUAGCGUCGCUCACCUGGCCAGGUUCGUGAUAAACGUCACCAAUGCCCACAACACAGUGAAUCAUUUCUGCGUUACGCCCAGCUGGCAGUCUAUGCUCCUGGCAAGGCCGCUCAUGGCCAGGGAGCAGUAUCAAUCGUAUAUCAAGAUGAUUCCGUCUCAGGAUGACGAUGGUGUCUUCUUCAGGGACAUGUACAUCAUGAGAGAGGGGGAGAUCAUUGGCGUAGUUGGGGGCAUUCAAUUUCGGCGGUAUCUGAGAAUCCUUCUCAGUCGUUUCUUCUCUCCCCCAGAUUCCGUCAACAUUACCGCCAAAUCGGUUGCCUUAUUACAGAGACACUCUUCGCUAAAGGAAAAUUCCCCUUGCCCAGCGUCAUCAACUGCUACUUGCAAUAAGCAGGCCUUAUUAGGCGGAACGCAAAGCCCAGGCUCUACUUUAGCCGCCCUGUCCAUCAACUCAUCGUCCAGGCCUUCAAGCAUCACCUCAUCCGUGAGCAAAGCAGUAAGGGGUGAGACUCCCGCGACGGAAACAGACCAAGGGUCAGAAAGUACGCCGCCGGCUUCCAAAGACCCCAGCAGCAUUGUAGCCAAAGCAACACUUAUCAUUGCUAGCCAGACAGGCAUUGAUGUUGCAGACUUAAGCAAUAAUACAAGGCUUAGGGACGUUGGCGUGGACAGCCUCAUGAGUCUAGUCAUUACUGAGAUGUUUUGUAGGGAGCUUGAUAUUACAGUAAAUAGUAGUUUGUUUUUGGAGUAUCUGACUUUAGGUGCUCUCAAGGGGUAG